AUGACAGACCCUAUAAACAUGCAACCAUCCACAUCUAAUCAUUUUAGCGCAGAUAGAGUAAAUGAAUUUGAGCCCCAAACAUUAUCAUUAACACCACCUCUUGAAAAUGUGUAUUUUAAAGAGCAAAACCAGCCUUUCUCCUGCAUAUAUUUGCUGAAUUUGUUUUUGGCUCCUGACAUGACUCGAUACCUUGCGGAAACAAGCAUUUCAGAUGAUGUCUACUCCUUACCUGUUCAUUUACAAACGCUCAUCUGUGAAGCAAGAAUGGAGGUAUUGGUAUCCAAGCAAAACAAUCACCCUUUAGAGGGAAACGCUAUAAAACGAUUGGAAAAGGUGCGAGAGUACAUCAAAAGCGUCGCUAAUUAUGACACAGCUGCCAUUAUCAACACCUUGAGCGAACUCAUCCGCGAUGAAGAUGAAAUGUCCAUCAUCUUGGAGCAGUAA